GAUUUUGGGAGCGGGGACGACUCAUGAUGCUUGUUUCUCUGGUGUAACGUUUCAAGUGAUAUAGAAAGUAGGCUAAACCAGGCAAAUGGCAAGUUUAUAUUGUAUUUAAAUCCACACAGGAAACAAUGGAUACGAAGACUGUUUUCUCUCUACUCUACUUUGCCUUUUUAGCCGCGAAUAGAACUGUGGUUUCCGGGGCCCCUUCCUUCUCCAUAGACUACAAGAACAACUGCUUCCAGAAAGAUGGGAAGCCUUUCCAGUAUGUCUCCGGCAGUAUCCACUACUCCCGCAUCCCUCACUACUACUGGAAAGACAGACUGCUCAAGAUGUACAUGGCUGGACUCAACGCUGUACAGAUUUAUGUUCCCUGGAACUUCCAUGAGGAAAAGCGGGGUGUUUACAACUUCACUGGGGAUCGAGACCUGGAGAACUUCCUGGAUCUGGCCAAUCAGACUGGCCUCCUGGUGAUCCUCCGCCCCGGACCCUACAUCUGUGCAGAGUGGGAGAUGGGUGGUUUACCAGCUUGGUUGCUCCAGAAACCAAACAUUGUACUUCGCUCAGCAGAUACAGACUACUUGGAGGCAGUGAGCUCCUGGAUGGCAGUGCUGCUCCCAAAGAUGAGGAGAUGGUUGUAUACAAACGGAGGGAACAUUAUCACUGUGCAGGUAGAGAAUGAGUAUGGGAGCUACUAUACGUGUGACUACAACUACAUGCGGCACCUGAGGACCCUGUUCCAGUUCUUCCUGGGGGACAAAACUGUUCUCUUCACGACCGACGGGAACACGGACCGGGAAAUGACCUGCGGGACCCUGGAGGGAAUGUACGCCACUAUAGACUUUGGGACAGACGUCAACAUAUCCCAAGCUUUUAGUCGACAGAGGAGAUUUGAACCAAGAGGCCCUCUGGUGAACUCUGAGUUCUACACAGGGUGGCUGGACCACUGGGGGGACCAGCAUGCUCAGGUGGACACCCAGAAGGUCAGCAGGAUGCUGGGGGAGAUGCUCAGCAUGGGGGCCAGCGUCAACAUGUAUAUGUUUGAAGGAGGGACCAACUUCGGCUACUGGAAUGGAGCGGACCAUGAUAACAGGUUUAGGUCGGUAGUGACCAGUUAUGACUACAACGCCCCUCUGUCUGAGGCAGGAGACCCUACAGAGAAACUACUAGCCAUACGGGACACCAUCAGCAAGUUCAGAGACAUCCCUAUGGGUCCCAUGCCCCCAGCCUCUCCCAAGAUGGCCUAUGGCUUUGUGACUCUGACAAUGGUAGGGAACCUCAGCAGCCUGUUGGACACGCUGUCACCUCAGGGUCCUGUCCGGUCACUGUACCCUCUGUCUUUUGAAGAGAUGAAGCAGUACUAUGGCUUCAUGCUGUACCGGACCAAGCUGCCCAGGGACCUGCCAGAAGACACACCCCUAAUCUCUCCCCUGAAUGGGGUUCAUGACCGGGCAUAUGUCUCUGUCUGUGGGGUGUUCCAGGGGCUGCUGGAGAGAGACACGACUCUGGUGAUGAACCUAACAGGGAAGCAGGGGGACCAGGUUGAUGUUCUAGUAGAGAACAUGGGACGAGUCAACUUUGGCAGCAAGAUCAACGACUUCAAGGGCCUGUUGAGUAACCUGAUCCUUGGUAAAGAUGUGCUGACAGAUUGGCAGAUCUACCGUCUGGACAUUGAUGGAGCCAUCGCCUCCGGAUGGCCCCAGUCAGGCCAGCGACGCUCCUCGCCCAACCCAGUCAGAGGGCCCUCAGAUGGGCCCGUCUUCUACCAGGGCACCCUGCCUCCCAACGGUCUGGCCUGGGACACCUUUCUCCGGCUCAAUGAAUGGACCAAGGGACAGGUGUGGAUCAACGGGGUGAACCUGGGCAGGUACUGGCCUAAGAGAGGUCCCCAGCAGACCCUGUACGUCCCGGGGCCCCUGCUCAGCCCCACCCAGCCCAACAACAUCACAGUCCUGGAGCUAGAGAGGGCCCCUCCUCACACCAGGGUCCUCUUCAUGGACCGGCCCCAGCUCAACAGCACUGCUGGCAAGACAUCACAGCUACAGACCACAGACAGACAGACAUGACAUCACAGCUACAGACCACAGACAGACAUGACAUCACAGCUACAGACCACAGACAGACAGACAUGACAUCACAGCUACAGACAACAGACAUCACAGCUACAGGCCACAGACAGACAUGACAUCACAGCUACAGGCCACAGACAGACAUGACAUCACAGCUACAGACAGACAGACAUCACAGUUGCAGGCCACAGACAGACAGACAGACAGACAUGACACCACAGCUACAAGAUAGACAGACAUGACACCACAGCUACAAGACAGACAGAAGACAUUACCUCAGAGAAUCAGUUUCUUCAUAGUUGACACACAGAGACGACAGACAGCCAAUCAAUCAAUCCCUCCGAAUAAGUCUCUGUCCAACCACUUAUCUGCAGCAUGAGCUAAUACACUCCAAUCGUCUAUCAAUCAAUGUAUGAGUAGCAUAUCCUGUACCAAUUCAUUUCAGCACUCGUUUCUACGGACUUCAGUCUAUAACAAAUGAAACAACCUCUGAGCCAGACUUUCAGUUUCUGUUCCUCGGUCUCUGCUGCAUCUGCAAAUAGAAUGAUCUGUUUAAAGGCAACUUAAGGUUUGGUUUUCUUUGUUGAGCUCACGCAGGUAUGAAUAAAUAGAUGACAGUAUUAUGGUAAUCAUUGUUUUGACAUGGUUUAAUAACAUGAGUUGCUGUGCUUCUGUCAGAUACUGUCUAUGUUUUGGCACGUUACUAUAUACCUAUUUCAUGAAAACACUGUGUACAUGAAUAAACAGUCUCAUCAUCACACGUU